AUUUAAUACGUGUGUUUGGUCGAUAAAGUACCGAUUUGAUUAGAAGCUGGUUCCACAAGGGUGGGGGUGUACAUUACAACGGCGCAGGUGCAACUCGAUAGAUUUUUACACGGCUAUCGAAAUCUUCGUAGCCUCUGGGUGCCCCAGGUCUUCGAACUAAGCAUCCUGUUUUCGCAGUCCCCCUGGCCGUGACGGCAAAGCCCCAAGCGUUUAUUUCUACCCGGCAGAAAAAUAAAAUAAAAUUGUAGAAAGAACGUAAAGAAAAACGAAGAAAAAAUCGAAGACAAAAAAAUCCAGCUCCGAUCAUAGCAUAGUUGCUAAAUUAAUUGUGCGUGGGAGGAUGAGUUAAUAAAAAUAUACAUCUAUAUCUAAAUAAACCGUCCGUGAAUCGUGUCACAAACGAUUUUACAUUUAACCAUAACAAUAACGAUGAUAAAUACAAUAACGAUACCGAUAAUAAUGUAUUAAAAACUAGUGUAUUUAUUAGGAUAAUAACAAUAAUAUUAAAAACCCGUUCGUGAGAUAGUGAGAGGGCGAGAGGCGCGCCACCAACGAAGGAAGCUUUGAACUGUUAUAUUCCUCUCUGGUCGAAUCGAUAUUCCACUCAAAUAUUGACUACGCGAUUGUAGUGUGUCGUGAGUAAGAGGAAGUGGGGCCCUCGGCAGCGAUGCGCCUGUGAAGUGGUAUUAAAAAGGGUUUUUUUUUAAAAUACAGUGACCACAAUUUAUUGUUGGCUAAUAACAAAGUCGUAAAAGAAACGACGAGAUGUUAUUCUGCGUCUCCCUGUUUUCGACGGGCCUCGUUCUACUGGCAGUCGGGAAUUCGCAAGCCAUUUCUCUCGAGUCGUCACCGUCAUCCUACGGCAAUCAUGGAGUACCUCGACUAGAACUCGAAAGCUUGGACAGUGGGUACCAUGGACUGGUGAAAGAGAAUGAAACUCUCGUUGAAGUCACCCCACAAAUUCGUGCCUCUGGUUCAAAAAUAUGCUCAUUUCGCAUAGCGAAUAAACACCAUGGAGACGCACCAUUUGAAAUUGUACUGAAGGAGAAUGGAGUCGCUGAACUCAGAGCCUUGAGGGUUUUGAACUGCGAAAAGAGACGAAAUUACAAAUUCGACAUUGCUGCUGUUGGCUGUUCUGGAGCACAGUCUGAAAACGCUACAGUUCAUAUAACUGUAGUAGACGUGAACGAAUAUGCACCACAGUUUUUACAACCCGCCUACGUCAGUGCCGUCGACGAAGGGCGACUCUAUGAGGAAGUAGUACGAGUCGAGGCAUCUGAUCGUGACUGUACUCCCAAAUUUGGAGAUGUCUGCAAGUACGAAAUUCUGACCGCUGAUCAACCAUUUGUUAUCGACAAUGAGGGUGCAAUCCGUAAUACAGAACCUUUGGAUUAUGAAAGAUCUCACAAUCAUAUCCUUAGUGUCGUUGCCUACGAUUGCGGCAUGAAACAAUCUGCUCCAGCUAUGGUGACGGUCAAAGUAAACCGCGUCUGUUCUCCUGGUUGGAGAGGAGUUCCCGAAAGAGUCGAUUACGCCGCUGGGGCUGGACCACAGCCGCUUCUUCCCUAUGCUCGUCUUGAAUUAUGCGAUGCUCCCUGUGUUUUGAGAAGUCUUCGAACAACAUUGACUCUGGCUACCGAUCAUAUAGGAAAAGGAUGCGAUCGAGAUACCUACGGAGUGAGAAGUCAGCGUAAAUUGUGCGGUGCAUCUAGGGACAGCGUUGAUCUUUUGCCAACACCAGGACCAUCCACUCCUUGGACUUCGUCACUUUCUAGAGACGAAGGAAGGGAGGCUGAUGAAAUAUUCGAAUUCGACGGUGCCAGCUCUGCUGCUAUCAUUCCUAACGAAGUGCUCGAUCACGCCCUCGCACAGAAAUUCAGCGUGGGAGUCUGGGUCAAGCAUCGCCCUCGUCCCCGACAAGACCCCCAUGUUAAGGAACACAUUUUGUGCGCUGCGGACGAUCACAAAAUGAACCGCCAUCACUAUGCUCUAUUCGUUCGAAACUGCAGGCUGAUUUUGUUAUUGCGUCGAGACUUUUCCGAGGGUGACCCGAACAUCUUUAGACCGGCAGAAUGGCGUUGGAAGUUGGAUCAAGUUUGCGAUGACAGAUGGCACCAUUACGCAGUCCAAGUUGACUUCCCUCGCGUAACUCUCUUCGUCGACGGGGCUGAGCGGCAUUCGGAUGAAAAGAAUCCCGAAGUAAUCGACGACUGGCCAUUGCAUCCUGCCAAAGGAAUAAAUACCACCCUUACCGUCGGAGCCUGCUGGCAAGGCUCGGACAAUCGCACGAAGCACCAUUUCCGCGGUUACUUGGCUGGUCUCUCCGUACUUGUUGGUAGAAACGAACGACCCGAGGUUUUGUCCUGUCUUCGACGCUGCCAGGAAGGUCUUCACGUCCCUCCGAUGGACCUUUUGCAACCCGGAACACAACUGCUGGCUAACUCUGACCUUACAGACGUCAGCAUCGACGGUGAUAAUCGCACAAACGUAGAAACCCUCCUCCGUCGUAUCGGAUACUCCAACUCUCGACGCUUCCCAACUCCUGGUCGCCGUAAUUUCCGACUCGACACGACGAUCCUCUGCGAAGGAAGCGAAGCGAAACCACUGGCUGUACCCUCCGUCCAAUCUUACGUCACCGUACUACCUCCGCCAAGACCCGGGAUAACGGUCAACGGAACCGGAUACGUCGCCAGGGAAUAUGCGGAUUUCCGUCUCGGAGUCAGAGUCUUCCCGGACGCUCGUGUCACUGCAGGUUCAGCGGCGCGACUCGACGCGUGUGCGGUGAGCGUUUAUCCCAGUUUAAAUCCAGAUCACGAAAGUCUAGGUCUUCCAGGAGACGCGCUGAGACGACUCAAUUCCAUUACUGCGAGGGUAGAUCGCGACGGUGUAGUUCUAUCCGGUGCAGAUACCCCUUACGAUUACCAGCAGCUCAUCAGAUUCAUAACUUACACAAACCGUAAGCCCGCUUACUAUUUGGACAGAGUUUUCAAACUGACAUGCUCCGAGCUCAGCGGUAGAUUCGCCAGUAACGAGUACGUCCAAACUCUGGCUGUAAUUCACCCUAAGGAAAAAACAACCGUAGUCCCACCUCCGACUCCUGGUGAACUGCCAAUUGCGAGAAUCCUCGAGCCUGCACCUGGUCACGCGCAGCUUUCCCCUCAUCACGCCGAUCUGCCAGAGGAUUACGCAACGACAAACCUCAGGGAAGCUGGUCGAACGAUUUCCGGAGCCGGAGGGAGUCACGCUGUGACAAUAGUAGCGGCUGCAUGCGUUGGAUUUUUAUUACUGAUGGCUGUUGUCGGAGCUGCUAGAGUAAGAGGAGCUGCUAAAAGGCGACGAUCCGCCGGAGACGAGUUGGCAGCUGAAACCGAAAUGGCUUGGGAUGAUUCCGCAUUGGCAAUCACCGUCAACCCUAUGGAUCGAUUGGCGGACCAUCGUAACCCACGUAAUACCAGUCAGAGGGACGAAGAUGCAGAUGAUUCAGGAAGUUCCGAUUCGGAUGACGCGUCGUACAGGGACGAGGACCUGGACAGCAGCGAUUGCGAAAACGAAUGCGAACCGAACAACAGUCAACGUCAUUGUCACAAUUCACCCCAUGACCUCGAGUGGGACCACCGUGACGUCUAAUCGUACACAAUCCACCUCGAUGUCUCGCCGUUUGGUGUUAAUUAAGAGGAGUACUUUUGCUGAUAGAAAUUACUUUCUUCUGUCACCUCCGUUACCGCGUUGUUCGUCUUUUGACGUUUACAAGCUCUCUUUUCAUUUCUCUCUAUUUCACUUUCUAUUUUUCUGAGAGUGUCUUCCCCCCUGCCCGGCCCCUUUUUAAUCGAUCGACUACGUUGAGAAUCGUACCGUUCAUUCGUUUAUUUCUUUUUUAUUUAAAAAAUUGAACACUUUCAAUCACGUUGUUAUUUUGAUUCGAUAACAAAACAGAACUUCUAUAAUCUCAGAUUCGUCGCGCGCCUACGCUCUUUAUAUACUUUUUGCUAUGAAAAUAUUAUCGUCAGUUGAUGAGAAAAUCUGCUGAAACAAUAAUUAGAAUGAAAAAAAGAUGAAAUAAUUCUAUCCAGCCUACACAAAUGAACUUUAACGCGCGCUACGUUCUCACGCACAGUUCCUAUAGGAUGAUAUACUAUAUGCUCUGAAACAGUCGUCUUUUAACAGACAAAAAGUUUGCAUAGUUGAAUUGAUUUUAUUGAAAUGUUGCAUGCCCUUUGUUGUCGAUUUUGAGAGAUGACCUGCCGGUCGCUCUUUAAAUUUUAAAAGAAUCGUUGAGAUCCGCGUUUUACACGCGACAUGUGUCCGUCCCGCUCGGUAGCAUUUAUUACCAUAGCGUUUAAUUGUCUUUAUUAAUUUUAUUUGUCGUAGGUACUCCUUUUAAAGUUUUGUCAAACGCGGAAUGUAUGAGAUGGUCUUACUAUAAACUCGUAAUUUACCUGCAAUACGUUGCGUCGGUGCGACGCACAUCAAUUCAAAAGAAGAGAAGAGAAAAAGAAACACGCAUUCUUUACCCAAAUAAUUUUUGGGUAUCACGCCACGCAUUUAAUAAUAACUCAUUUAUAUUAUCGAUUGAUAGCAAUCAUUGAAGUCGAGAUAGGGAGCUUCUUUCUUUUAUUUCCUUUCUACUCAAUGCCAUUAAUCAUACUUUUAUUUUUCUCUUGUUCGUUUGAGUAAUAGUUCGUUUUUUCUUUUAAUUCGGAUUUUUCCUACUAUUAUCAUCCAACAGGGUGAUGUUUUUUAAAUGAUUUUUUAUCGAGAAAAAAGCAGAACUA